ACAAGUUCUUAACGUAACCUCGCGAGAAUUCUUUCUCUUUCUAGGCCGUCUUCAGCCACGAUAGGCCAUGUUUAGUUCUAGUGCGAAGAUUGUGAAGCCUAACGGCGAAAAGCCAGAUGAGUUCGAAUCUGGCAUCUCGCAGGCUCUACUUGAGUUGGAGAUGAACUCUGACUUAAAGGCCCAGCUGAGGGAAUUGAACAUCACAGCUGCUAAGGAAAUUGAAGUUGGAAGUGCCAGAAAAGCAAUCAUCAUCUUUGUUCCAGUUCCUCAGCUGAAGUCCUUCCAGAAAAUCCAGGUGCGCCUUGUGCGAGAACUGGAAAAAAAGUUCAGUGGCAAGCACGUAGUCUUCAUUGCACAGAGGAGAAUUCUGCCCAAACCAACUAGGAAAAGUCGCACAAAAAACAAACAAAAGCGUCCUAGGAGCCGCACACUAACUGCUGUGCAUGAUGCUAUUCUUGAGGACUUGGUCUAUCCUAGUGAAAUUGUUGGGAAAAGAAUACGUGUGAAGUUGGACGGCACCAGGCUUAUUAAGGUCCACUUGGACAAGGCACAGCAGAACAAUGUAGAACAUAAAGUUGAGACAUUUUCUGGUGUGUACAAGAAACUCACAGGCAAAGAUGUCCAUUUCGAAUUCCCAGAGUUCCAGCUAUAAAGUAUAGAAUGUAUAAAUAAAAGUUCUUUAAACGUAAA